UCGGAGAAGUUGCACGAGGCUGUGACUGGUGCCAUGGACGUGUACUAGCCGGUGUGUCGGGUCACUCGGGCAUCGCGCGCGCGGAUGAAUCUGGGAGGAAAGCGGACGUCAGGGAUAUCAGGGAUGCCAGGUCAGUAAGAAUCAUGCGGAUGACAUGGUCGGGGGACUUCAUCACCUUCAUCAUUACCGUCCUCAUCGCUACACCUCUCUGGGUUGUGGAGAGCUCUCUGGUUCCAGACUUGGCCAGUGCAGAGACGGCUAAGGAAGGGGUCACGCCGGCCCCCGCUUCAGGACAUGGCGAAGACAACACGCUGGCCUACACAGGAUCUCGUCUGCGGCAGGAGGACUACCCGCCCCGUAUCGUGGAGCAUCCCUCCGACUUGAUCGUGUCCAAGGGCGAGCCGGCCACGCUCAACUGCAAGGCCGAGGGUCGGCCCACGCCGACGGUGGAGUGGUACAAGGAUGGCGAGAGGGUGGAAACAGAUCGGGACGACUCGCGCUCCCAUCGCAUGCUCCUUCCCACCGGUUCCCUGUUCUUCCUGAAAAUCGUUCACGGACGCCGGAGCAAACCGGACGAAGGCUCCUACGUCUGCGUGGCCCGCAACUAUCUCGGGGAAGCCGUGAGCCACAACGCGUCGCUGGAGGUAGCCAUUCUCCGUGAUGAAUUCCGGCAGAACCCCAGCGAUGUCAUGGUGGCCGCUGGAGAACCGGCGGUGAUGGAGUGCCAGCCUCCACGCGGACACCCAGAACCCACCAUCUCCUGGAAGAAAGACGGCGUGAACGUAGACGACAGAGAUGAACGUAUAACAAUUCGAGGUGGGAAGCUGAUGAUCACCAACACGAGGAAGAGCGACGCCGGGAAGUACGUGUGUGUGGGGACGAACAUGAUGGGCGAACGGGAGAGCGAGAUCGCCGAGCUCACCGUGCUUGAGAGACCCAGUUUCUUGCGCAGGCCGAGCAGUCAGUCGGUUCUGGUGGAGCAGAGUGUGGAGUUCAGGUGUGAGGCGCAGGGGGACCCCGUCCCCACCGUCCGCUGGAGGAAAGAGGACGGAGAACUGCCCAAGGGGAGGUUCGAGAUCCGUGAAGACCACACCCUAAAGCUGAAGAGGCUGAGCUCGGCCGACGCCGGCUCCUACACCUGUCUGGCCGAGAACAUGAUGGGGAAAGCAGAAGCCACAGCCACCCUCACCGUCCACGUGCCGCCGGUGUUCGCGGUGCGCCCGAGGAACCAAGUGGUCGGAUUGGGACGCACCGUGACCUUUCAGUGCGAGGCGACAGGAAGCCCACAGCCGGCCAUCUUCUGGCAAAGAGAAGGCAGUCAGAACCUGCUGUUCUCCUCCCAGCCUCCUCAGUCCUCCAGCCGGUUCUCCGUCUCCCAGACCGGCGAUCUGACCAUCACAGGGGUGGAGCGCGGAGACGGAGGCUACUACAGCUGCCAGGCGCUCAACAUCGCAGGGAGUGUGAUCACUAAAGCUCUGCUGGAGGUCACUGAUAUAAUUUCAGACCGGCCCCCACCUGUAAUCCGUCAGGGCCCGACCAAUCACACGGUGCCGCUGGACGGUACUGUGGUUCUGGGAUGCAGAGCGACAGGAACGCCGCCGCCCACCAUCCUGUGGAAGAAAGACGGAGUUCUCGUGUCCACUCAUGACUCCCGGUUCAAACUGCUGGACUCGGGCGCUCUGCAGAUCCGCUACGCUAAGCUUGGAGACACGGGUGUGUAUACGUGUGUAGCGUCCAGUCCCAGUGGAGAAGCAUCAUGGAAGGCCUACCUGGAAGUUCAAGAGUUUGGUAUUGGAGUUCAGCCCGGCCGACCCACCGACCCCAACCUGAUCCCCAGCCCCCCCUCCAAACCCGAGGUCACCGAUGUCACCCGCACCACCGUGUCCCUGUCCUGGAAGCCUGACCUUCACUCCGGAGCCACGCCCACCUCAUACAUCAUCGAGGCUUUCAGUCAUGCAUCAGGCAGUAGCUGGCACACACUAGCAGAGCAUGUGAGGACCGAGAGCUACGUCUUAAAGGGCCUGAAACCCAGUGCGGUCUAUCUCUUCCUCGUCAGAGCAGCUAACGCAUACGGUCUGAGUGACCCAAGUCCCAUCAGCGACGCCAUCAAAACACAAGAAAUCCCCCCAACCAGUCAGGGAGUGGAGCAUGGGCAGAUCCAGAGGGAGCUCGGAGAUGUCGUCAUCCACCUCCACAAUCCCAUCAUCCUUUCCUCCUCCUCCAUCCGUUUGCAGUGGACUGUGGAGCAGCAGUCCCAGUACAUGCAGGGCUAUAAGGUGAUGUACCGCGUCUCGUCUGAGGCUGGGCAGACGCGUAGCGACUGGGCCGUGUCCGAGGUCAGGAGUCCUGCGGAGUACACCUCCGUGAUCGCUCAGCUCCGCAAAGGCACCACCUACGAGUUCAAAAUCCGACCCUUCUUCAACGAGUUCCAGGGAACAGACAGCGACAUCAAAGUGGGCAAGACGCUGGAGGAAGUCCCCAGUGCAGCACCCCGGGAUGUGACGGUCACACAUAGUGGAGACAAUGGCACGGCCAUCCUGCUGUCCUGGCAAGCACCUCCUGAGGACAAGCGUAACGGAGUGGUCCAGGAGUACAGGAUUUGGUGUUUGGGAAACGAGAGUCGUUACCAUAUCAACCGCACCGUGGACGGGUCCACCUUCUCCACUGUGAUUACGGGGCUGGUCCCGGGCAUCCGUUAUGGUGUGGAGAUGGCAGCCAGCACCGGAGCCGGACCUGGAGUGAAGAGUGAGCUCACCCACUUCCAGCUGGACUCCUCAGGCAAGAUGACUCAGUCCAAAGUGGACGGAGACGACACGCUGUCUCAGCAGAUCUCGGACGUGGUAAAGCAGCCAGCCUUCAUCGCCGGGAUCGGGGCAGCUUGUUGGAUCAUCCUCAUGGUGUUCAGCAUCUGGCUGUACCGCCAUCGCAAGAAAAGGAGCGGCCUGAGCACGAGCUACGCCGGCAUCCGCAAAGUGCCGUCGUUCACCUUCACGCCUACUGUUUCCUAUCAAAGAGGAGGAGAAGCUGUGAGCAGCGCUGGAAGGCCCGGUUUGUUAAACAUUAGCGACUCGGCCACCCAGCCCUGGCUAGCGGACACGUGGCCCAACAACUGCUCCAACCAGAACGACUGCAGCAUCAACUGCUGCACCGCGAGCAACGGCAACAGCGACAGCAACCUGACAACCUACAGCCGCCCUGCCGACUGCAUCGCUAACUACAGUCAGAUGGACAGCAAACCCAGCAACCUCCUGGCUCCGGACUCGUCCCUCUACGGAGACGUCGACCUCUCGAACAAGAUCAACGAGAUGAAAACCUUCAACAGCCCCAACCUGAAGGACGGGCGAUUAGUGGGGCCCGGGGGCCAGCCCACACCGUACGCCACCACCCAGCUCAUUCAGUCCAGCCUGGGCUCGAACCACAUGGGCAGCGCUGACCUCAGCGAGAAACAGAACUGGAAGGGCAGCCAGGGGACACCUCAGAAACAGCAGGAGGUCACCUCACAGCUGCAGUACAGCAUCAUGGAGCAGAACAAGCUGAACAAGGCCUCAGACCACUACAGAAGCGGAGACAGCACCAUGCCAGCCACUAUCCCGUAUAACCAAGCGCCCGACGCCAUUCCCAACGCCUGCUCCUACAGCAGCUCUGACCGCGGCAGCAGCACAUCCGGGAGUCAGGGGCAGAAAAAAGGGGGACGAACAACCAAAGUGCCCAAGCAGAGUGCAAUGAACUGGGCUGACCUGCUGCCACCUCCACCUGUCAGCCCACCACCGUGUCAGGACUACGGCAUCUCGAUGGAUGACAGCUACGAGGCCGAGCUCCAGUGCCCGGUCCCUCCGUCCCGCAUGUACUUACAACCUGAUGAGUUGGAGGAGGAGGAAGCAGACAUGGAGCGCGGUCCUACUCCGCCUGUUCGAGGCACGGCAUCCUCUCCUGCCGCUGUAUCCUACAGCCACCAGUCCACUGCCACUCUCACGCCAUCCCCGCACGAAGAGAUGCAGCCCAUGCUCAUGGAGAACCCAGAGAACCUUCAUGAGCGCAGACGGCAGUUAAUCAGCCCUCCUCCGCCACCGCGACCUGUCUCGCCGUCUCACACGUACGGCUACAUCUCCGGCCCCCUGGGUUUGGACACGGAUGACCUGGGGGACGAUGAAGAAGGAGACGAUACGGAUGCAGACCUGCCUCUGGUCCACCAGCGAUACCCUCACGGGCGAGUCCCUGCGCAUCACCAGGGGGUACAGCCGAGGCUAGCGCUGCGUGGGCUGGAUCAGACGCCGGCAUCCAGCACAUGUGAGCUGGACAGCUCCGUCACCGGCUCCAUGAUCAACGGCUGGGGCUCCGCGUCUGAGGAGGACAGCGGGUCAUCGGGGCGCUCCAGCAUCAUCAGCUCGUCCGAUGGAUCCUUCUUCACCGAUGCUGACUUUGCACAGGCCGUGGCUGCCGCCGCCGAAUACGCUGGCCUCCGGGUCGCAAGCCAUUCUGGGAAAGGGCCCCCGCAUUACACCGGUCCAGGAGCACGGAAAUACCAGAACCUGCCUUCAAGCCAUCGUCCAGCAAGUCCCUUUUCUACGGAUAGUAACAUGAGUGCGGCUGUGGUGCAGAAAAGACCUCCAAAGAAACAGAAACAGCAAGCAGCUGUACACUACCAGCGACGAGAGGCUUACACAGAUGACCUUCCCCCACCACCCAUCCCACCUCCAGCCAUGCUCAAGUCUCCGACUCACCCGGCCAAGGCAGUGGCAGAGACAGGGAGGAGGUCCAGCUCAGCUGAGAGUAGGGAAAAAAGAGACAAGAAGCACAGAGAUGCUACGGAGACAAGAACCAGUUCUUCAGAGCGUCGAGAUGCUCAAGAAAGACAAAGAGCUCAGAGAGCAGGGAAAUCCAGCAAGCCAGAGCCAAGCACGGGACGCCAGGACCCAGAGGACAUCGUGCCCUAUAGUCGACCCUCGUUCCCAGCCGUUCACAGUCCCCGGGGUGAGCGGGAGCCGAGCUCCUCCAGCUCCAUGUCAUCGCGAGGUUCUGGAGGUCAGAGGAGAGGUGAAGGAGUCUCUGGGAGCCGCAGGAAUCCUGCAGAAAUUAGCCUAAACACCGUAGGAGCCUUCCAGCCAGGAGAAGAGCAACUGGAGAUGGCCGAGAGCUGAAGUUGGAACCGACAUCUUGUUCCUGUUUUGGCAACCGUCUUUGAUUUUAACCAUCUCAACAACACAACACCUUUGCUUUUAUAACUUCUGAUCUUAAAAAACUGACCAACUGUUUAACUCUUAUUGUGUUUAAAGGUCGUUUCGCACACACGAAGAAAACCUAAGGGGGUGAAAACUAUUUUUGGUUUAAUGUGAUGUGUGUGUGUGUGUACUCCAUCGCGCCGAGUGUGACUCUGCUCAGCGGGUCCUCGGUGCCAGGCAUUACUGUUAAUACUUAAUAUUAGCUUCAAGCAGAAAGGGAUGGACUUACCUGUAAAUAAACAUGCAUCCAUGUCUUUUAUAAUAUGCGUGGUACGUAAAAAGUUUGUCUUCCUCAGCUUAUUGGGAUCAGUUGAAAGGUUUAAUAUUAUUCAGUAAUUGUUUGUUUGUAUCACCUCACAUCCAUGCUGUUGUAAAAUUGUCAUGUCUUUUAAACAGUUUCAAGCAAAGUGCCACAUUGAACAUGUGCCGUUUCUUUUUCUUUUCUUUCUUUUUAUUUUUUGAUCAUUGUUGUAAUGCACUGUUAUUUUGUUGUUUGUUAAUGUUUGUUGUUAUUUGUUUGCCUUUGGUUUUAAAAGCACAAUCACUAAAACUUUAUUUUUGAUCCAUGUUCUCGAUUAACCUUUCUCGUCCGACGUGAAAAGAACAGGUACUGUACGACAAAAGGCCUCGUUAACCCUGACGUAGUUAAAGCGAGAGGAAAAGCUGUUUACAAUUUCUGGAGAUGAACGAACAGAAACACGACCUGCACCUCUCUCUUUCUCUCUCGUGCUGCCAGAUUCUCUGAAAUGUUUCAUUCUUCUUAAUCGUUCCAUCAACACGCCUUCCUUUACUACAUUAUGCACUUACCGACACUUGAACUGCGGAAACGGGAAUCUGGAAGGACUGACUAGCUCAGGGCCGUGGCGUUGCGCAGUCACUGCGGAAGAGGAGAGAGGAUGCUACGUGUUUACUCAGAGGGCAUCUGCAAAUUUUUUUUUUUCUUAAAGCAUCCGAGAGAAAGGAAAAAAAAAUAAACAAAGAUAA